AAAAAAAAAAAAGAAGAGACGAAAAAAAUUAUUCAAAAGGAUCUAGAAAUAAAAAAAGUUUCCAACUUUGUUGAUGAUAACUUCAUUGAAGAAUUUCAUUCAUUUUUUACAUUGACAUUCACAUCACAAUGUCGACCUUACUACCCUUUCUAUACCAGACGAGGACAAUCCUCAGAGCCAAUCCUCGAACUGCCUUCACCCUUUCUCGUUCAAUACAUGCUACACGUUCGCAAUUAAAGAGGGAUGAAAUACCAUUCGCUGCUGAGGUUGGGGAACCCGGGGAAGAAGAAUACGCCCCUAAUACUGAGUCCGGUGCUGAGCCUGGUGCCGAACCUAAGACCGCGCCUUUUCGGCGUGGCACCAUUACCCCGUCUGAGAGAUAUGUCUUUGAACGUAUCUUUGCCGACAUCAGGGCCCGUGGUCUGAAGCCCAACACACCAGCUGGUCCCAAUCCAGUAGUGUCUUCCACAGAACGCUCCGCUAUGCUCAUCAUGCAGCAGGCAGCCCAGGAUGCUGGCCAGGCUAGGCCCGCUUAUAUUGCCGCCCCUGGCCUCCUUGCCGGUGCUGCGAGAGACCGUAACAAGGCUCUUUUACGAUUCCCUCUCGAACUGCGCGCUGCUGCCAGGAAAGCUCUUGGCACCAUCGAGGCCGACGCUGUACGGUCUCCAGCUCCAGCGCCACGCCCAGAGGAAAUUGAUGAUAGUAUAUCAUACGACGAUGCCACCCUUGCUGCUCAAGAAGAUGAGUCCGAUCAAGGCUGGAAAACCCCUGCUCAUACUAUUGGCCGCAGCGUCGAGUUGGAGACUCUGCGUCACGCCGAGCGUACUCGUGUGGAGAGUCUGAUGGCCUCUGCGAAGACGGAUUUCGCCUUGUGGGAUGUUCUAGAAAAAGAGGUUUUCACGAUGCCUGCUAGACUUGGUUUUAGUUCUACCGCGGAAGACCUUCCUCAAGAGGUCGAAGAGGUAGAAGAAGAUGAUGAUGACGUAACCGAAGCUGCAGCCGAAGCCUUUGAAGAAGACGCCGAAGACGCCGAAGAAGUUGAAGAAGUUGAAGCUGAAGAAGCCGAAGUCGAUGAAGCCAACGCCAAAGAAGCCGGUGAAGGUGACGUUGAGGAAGCCGAAGCCGAAGCCGAAGCCGAAACCGAAGAAACCGACGCGAAAGAAGCAGACGGUGCAGCUAAUAAGAGUGAGCCCGAACUCCCAAAACUAAGUCUCUACGUACAUGGACCACUAUACCCAGCAUAUCUUCUCAUUGCACUACGACGUCUCGACACAUCCUUUUCCGCCUCCUCUCCUCUUGUCUUCACAGUUCUUCCCAGAAUCAAGGAGAUCGGACUAGAGUCCUACGUCCUCGGGGUAUCAACGCCUUUCUACAACGAACUCAUGGAAAUCUACUGGAAUCGUCGUGGUGACCUUGUCGGGAUGUUGAACCUACUGGAAGAAAUGCGUCAUUGUGGGCUCUAUUUUGACACGCAGACCGCAUCGGUUUUGAACCGCGUGGAGGCGAAGGUACUCGCCUUGGCCAAUAACCAAGCUACUGGUUCAUUUGGGAGGGCUGUCAUGACUAUGCCCGAGUACGAACGCGGUCUGCGAGAGCGCAUUAGGCAUUGGCACAGAGUCGUAGAUCUGUCGGUAAAAGAAAAGGAGCGAGAUAUGGGGUAUUAAGCCUGAUGUCUAAAGUACUAGGCACUUGAUUUUAUGUAGUAGCCUAGGAUCAAUCGAUGAUAUGAUUUAGAAAUCUACUCUCAAUCACAACUCCAAUCCCCUUUCUUAGAAACCUCUUUCGUGGGAGCCCCUAUCCUUGAUUGCUCUUGCA